ACGGUAGCUAGUGACAGCCGACGGUAGCUGUUCAGAUGUGUAUGGUGUGUGAAGGCAUUCAGAUCUCUUCUCUCUGUAUCUAGAUCCCUCUGCAACACCAUGAUCAACACGUACCAGACCAGCAUGCCUCCACCACCUAUUCCCCCACGGCUAGGCUCUGUCAUGUCGGCACCAGGACCAGGCCACAGCAAACCUCUCCUCAGGUUCCUCAUUGGCAUGAUAGUGCUGCAAAUGGUGCUGCUACUGGGGGGAUUUGCCUACCUGUACCACACGGACAACGAGUAUCACGAGGACCUUGAACGCAAGUACCUGGAUGACAUGAUCGUCCUGAGAAGACUUGAAGAGUGUGAGAAAGACAGCCAGUCAGUGCUGGACUGCAAGAAGCUUGUGGAGAAAUACAAAAACAUCCUGGCAAUGGUCUCACAAGAGGAAGGAAGAGCUGCCAAACUCACUGGGGGUGUGCCCUCGUAUGGAGCCAUGGCACGCAUGAUAGUCAAGCAACCUGUUUCUAGUACGCCCCCAACAAAGUAUCUGGAGUGGAACAUAGGCCACUCAGUGCGGAGGAACGUCCAGUACUACAUGUCCAGCUGGCUGAAGGUGCUGCAGCCUGGAGACUACAACAUCUACUCCCAGGUGGCCUUCUCCAAAUGGCACCCCAAAACCCCUCUGGCCAGCCGAGUGAAGCUGAGGAAGGGGGAGACGGGAGAGGAGAAAGACCUGAUGACAGCCUACUGCAGCCUGGGGGACCAGGAUCAUACAGACGUGUGUACGGCUUUCCAGGGAGGAGUGUUCAGUCUGGAGCCAGACGAUCAGCUUAGUGUGUGGGUGACGGACCCCAGCCUAGUCAACUAUGAGGAGGGGACUACCACCUUUGGAUUGUACAAACUGUAGGCUGGUCAUCAGAAUGGACAUUACAUACAGUAUGGAUUAUGACUGUAUUUGGAGCGAUUAAUUAAAUCAAGGCCAUGCGUGUGGUUGGAGUGGGACAGGACUGAAAUCAAAUCUGCUAAAUGGAUCUACACAUGGACUACACCAAUUUGAAAAUGUGAAUCUUUUUACCAAGCCCACAGUGAAACCCAUGAAUCCCUGUAACUGUAACUUAUUGCUGUUGAUUGGAUAGCCUACUAUCCCAGCCCCUACAAUGUUAGAUAUUAAUUUCUAGGAAUAUGGCAAUGACUGUGUAUUUAUUGUGACGUAU